GCCUUCAUGGUGCCGUCGCGGGUGAUCACUUACUCGUGGAGGAGCUACCAUGGGGACCUCCUCGUCAACGACUCCAUCGUGUUCAGGGGGAGGUCCGUGUUCCGCCUGAGGGAGGAGCUGGCCGGGCGGCUGGCCGUGGGCGCCCUUGCCCUUGCAAACUUGGGCGUCGACGACAUCGUCAUGUGCCUCCCCACACGUGACGGCCGGCUUUUCCCGCUCCUCGUCGACCUGCCCAACAGCCGCCGGUGCCUCGCCAUCGCCAUCGCCAUCACCGACACGCUUGCCCACGCGGCGCUGCGGUUCGCGGAUGUCGAUGCAGAGUAGAGAGAUACCAGAGCCAGGACCCCUAGCUAGAAGUCGCCUUCAAAAGCAUCGCCGCCUCGGAUACGAUGACAUUAGAACCCAGUUCCUUCCGUUGAGAUAUGGGUUCAGGAAAACCCAGCAUUUGUUGUGUUUCUGCUAGCUAAACUUUGGUUUGUUCUCCAGAUAGUAUAUAAGAAACAUAUUUGAGUUGGC